UAGUCUUCGUCUUCUUCUUUUCACCGAACUUGCCGUGCGAUUUGUCCACAUGUCGUACUAGUGCGGAGUUUUUCAGUGAAUUUCUCUGGGAAAAGCGUACAGUUUCAGCCAAAAUCCAUCACGAUGGCCAAGUUCGACCUCACGGCAAAGAAUUGCCAGUAUUUGGAUCGUCAUCUAACGUUUCCUUUGCUGGAAUUUUUGCUCCAGAAAAAGGUAUUCGACCAGACGUCGUUGCUGAAGUUCAUCCUGGAGACGGUGAGCAAAACGAACAUGGUCGAUUACAAGCAUGACAUUCGCGAACGAUUGGCCAUGGAUAAGGUGCACCCGGAUGAGUUGGCCCAGGGCCGUGCGAAUGUGCUCGCAACGCUGAAGGAGCUCCAGGCCGAGGUAGCGCCACUGAUGAAGUGCAUGGAGGAGCUGAAGAAUCCGGACUCGACGAAGGAUUCCAAAUCAGUCAUCCAUGCGUUGCAGCAGACGUUGGAUUACGACAUUAUCCUAAGCGCGCAAAAGUUGGCAAAGUAUCUGUACGAAUGCGGCAACUACAAUGACUCGCUCUCGUACCUGUACGUCUGCAUGCUGGUAAUGGAGCCGAACGAUAAAAACUACCUCGGUGUGCUGUGGGGCAAGCUGGCUGUCGAAAUCCUGACGCUGAACUGGCAGACGGCUCUGGAGGAUUUGACGCGGCUGCGCGAUUUCAUCGAAAACUACAACUUCUCGCCGAUCCAGGUGCUGCAGCAGCGUGCGUGGCUGAUUCACUGGAGCGUGCUGGUGUUCUUUAACCACGGCAAGGGCCGCGAUCUGAUCAUCGACAUGUUCCUGUACAAGCCGCAGUACUUGAACGCGAUUCAAACGAUGUGCCCGCACAUCCUGCGCUACCUGGCGACGGCGGUGAUCAUUAACCGUGGUCGGCGCAAUGCGCUCAAGGAUCUGAUCAAGGUGAUCCAGCAGGAGUCGUACACGUACCGCGAUCCGAUCACCGAGUUCCUCGAGCAUCUGUACGUGAACUUUGACUUCGAGGGUGCGCGCAAGAAGCUGCACGAGUGCCAGACGGUCAUCGUGAACGAUUUCUUCAUCAUCGGCUGCCUGACGGAGUUUGUCGAGAACGCGCGUCUGAUGAUCUUCGAAACGUUCUGUCGCAUUCACCAGUGCAUCACGAUCGGCAUGCUGGCGGACAAGCUGAACAUGAAGCCGGACGAGGCGGAGUGUUGGAUCGUGAACUUGAUUCGCAAUGCGCGGCUGGACGCAAAGAUUGAUUCGAAGCUCGGACACGUGGUGAUGGGUACGCAGCCGCUCUCGCCCUACCAGCAGCUGGUAGAAAAAAUUGACUCCCUCUCUGUACGCUCCGAAGCGUUGACCCUGUUGGUCGAGCGAAAGCACAAAGCUAAAACUCAGGAAGCCGGCGAAGGCCACUGGAAGUAUUACUAGAGGGCGCAUCCCGGGGACAACACGCUUUUCUGUGCUUUCUGUUCGUGUGUGUGUGUGUCAGCACGCGAGGAAGCACGGGAAGAGCAUUUUACGGAGGCAAAUUAACGCAGUGGAAGGUGGAAAGAACGAUCGUGUAGAGAGGGUACAGCCAACAAAAAACAACAUCAACCAACUGUAACUGUUUUGAGCGAUUUGGAGAGCGACGUGUCGCAGUGCGCAGAACAUAACAUUCAAAUUCAAUCAAGCCAUUGGCGUAUAUGAUGAUACAUGAUAAGCGAAUAAUAGGUUGGAAUAAAAUGCGUGCCCUGAUGGGCAGAAGAGCGCAA